AUGAAACUACCGCAAACAGAUUCAUCCCGCAUCCAGAAAGAGGAUGCGGAACGGGUGACGGAAAGUAAAGCUGGCUCUGACAUAACCGUUAAGACGGAGGAUUCUACUACACUUCCAAAGACAGAAGAAUUGCCAACGGAACCGAUAGAAAUUAACGAACAGACUGACCAGCCAACAGAUCUGAAAACAACCGAAUCGGGUAGUGAGUCGAAACCCGGCAAAGCGGAACCGCCCUUGGUGAUUCGACCUCCGAAACCAACAACCACACCAACCGCGGAACCCCAAAGACCCAUUGUUCAAGUGAACAGACCGGAACCAAUGCAACAUAGCACGAACAAAAGUGUUAUCCUCGUUCAAAAUGUGAUCUCCCCUCAGACCAAUGUGUCUUAUCCACAUCCAUUCCGUCCGGUGGGCAGUUCCAUACCGCAUUCAAUUGGCACCCAGUUUCGUCCCGUGGAUAUCACGCAGACCAAAGUGGGACAAGAAACACUGCGACGCAAUCCGCUGAUUCGUGAUGAUCAAACUGGAGGAAGAACACGUGAGUCUCCUAGUGACACUAUUAGAACAUUGAAGAAAAUCUGUUUGAUAUUUGAUGAGCACAUUUUUUGGCACAGCAGCUGUUCUAAUGAACUGGUGUUCCGGAAACAUUUGUCUCAGUACUUUUCAUAA